UAGAAAACUUGCUGAAAGUUUGGCAGGAGUUUGGAGUCGGGUUUCAGGAGCCUGGGGAGAGAGGCCCCGUCAGUCGAAAUAAGGCUCGCUUCUUAAGCCUGUAUAGAUAUCCUUUUCCUUGUUGGGUGAAAUACUUCAGCUUCACAGGAGAAUCACUCUGCAGCCGAGACAGGGCAAUGAGUGAGGCGGAGAAUCAGCCCGAGAGAAGUUCCAAUACAGUAGAGAAGAAAGUACUCGCCACUAGUGUUCUUGGCACUGUGAAGUGGUUCAAUGUUCGAAAUGGUUACGGAUUCAUCAACAGGAAUGACACGAAAGAAGAUGUUUUUGUUCACCAGACUGCCAUCAAGAAGAACAACCCUCGCAAGUACCUGCGGAGUGUCGGUGAUGGAGAGACCGUGGAGUUUGACGUGGUCGAGGGGGAGAAGGGAGCAGAGGCCGCCAACGUCAGUGGUCCCGGUGGCGUACCGGUGAAGGGGAGCCGGUACGCUCCAAACCGUCGCCGUUUCCGGAGAGGUUUCGUCAGGCGCCGGGGUCCCGUGAAUCAGGGCAACCAGUCCGCAACAGGAGAGGCGGCAGAAGGUUCCGGCGAGCAGCAGGAGGACUCGACGGAACCGGGCGCUGCCCAGCAGCGGCCCCCCGACCAGCGUCGCCGUCUCCCCCCUCCCUUCUUCCGAAACCGGUUUCGCCGCCAGCGUAGGCCCCAGGCUCCGUCAGAUGGGGCGGGAACAGUGGCCAACGGAGAGGAGGUAUCGGAGAACAGAGGGACUGUACCACCAUCCGGACAAGUUCAACCACAGCAGCCUGUUCAGCGCGGUGUGGGAGGAGCUCGCUUCAGGCCGCAGUUCCGCAGGCGCCCCUUCCGCCCCCGGCCUCAGCAGCAAGAGGCCCCAGCCGAUGAGAACAAGGAUCCAAAGGCGGAACAGCCGCUGCCGGAGCGCCGCCGUUACCGCCGCCCGUUCUUCCGCCGCAGGACAGCCGAGCAGAGACAGGAGCCCACGGCUCAGGAGCCUGCUGACUCCCAGCAGGAGCAGAAAACCCAGCCUGCUGUUGCUGACACAACGCCUGCCUCCCCUGCUGGCGGAACAACAGAAACUGCCCCCACCCCUGCCCCCGUCCCAGUCCCUGUGUCUGCCCCCGUCCCGGUCCCUGCUCCUGUGACCAGCCCAGCCACCACACCAGAAGAGAGGCAGGCGACUAAAGAACAGCCACGGACUCCGGAAGGGACUGUCCCCAUGGCAACAGCCAGGGAAACGCCGGUUGUUUCUGCCCCAGAGUCCCUGGAAACUCACCUGAAGGUGGCACAUCUUGAGGAGCUGCCAGUCAUGGUCUCCACCAGUCAACUGGGGAAAGGAGAGAGUAAUGCUGGAACUGAACACUAGGUUUAAAAUGGAAGUCUCUUUGCUAAUUGCACAUGAAGUCUCGGACUUGUGGGGAAAGAGCAGAGCAAAUUAGAACAGCCCCUAUAUAUUGUGUGACCCUUAAGCUUAAUACUAAAGAAAGAGGAAUUGGAAUUCUGUUUGAAGACAGCAAGCUCUUGGACUAUUCUGAAAUCUUUUAUUUUUAUCUUCCCCUGAGGUGGGGUCUGAGCAUUUUGUUUUGUUUUUGCCUCCUGUCCUCCCCCAUAAAGGUGUUUUUGUAUGUUUUGUGUGCUGCCCCUAGCCCAGAGUGUGUCUGUGCUGGGUGCUGAGUUUACACAUCUUCCUGCUUUUUAUUUUACCAAAGUGCUGAUUUUUUUUUUUGGGAUCAUGUGCAAUAAUAAAAAUGGAAAACAGCCAGCAGUCACCCCAAGUCCU